AUGUUCAAGGUUAUUACAAUAAUGUUCAUGAUGAUUGUGUACUGUUAUUGCUUGGAGAAUAAUGAUUUGGUGGCGACAGAAUCAAGGGCAAAGAAGAAAAGGAACACUGCUAGAUUAUGGGCCAUGAUACUUCUCUUCGCGUUCUCAAAAGUGGCAGCUCUUAAAGUGGCAACGUUCUUCAUCUUUAUGGCGUUCUUCCAGAAAGUCUUCUAUAUUGUGGGUUUACUGCUCAAUUACUUCUUGAAGAGUAAAGCAUCUAAACCGCAGCCGGUUUACGGGGCACCCCAAGAUUACAAUACAGUGGGUUAUAGCUACGGUCCUCCAGAAGAGACCUUCCCAUCUCAGGAGCCAGGAUUGCCCGGCAUUUCGGAACUUGGCGGCUCUUUAAAUUGGUUGCUUAAUAAAAAUCCAUAG